GGUCAGCAUAACGAGAUGUCGACGGAGAGUGCAGGCUGAUUCAACGUCCGCGAGCGGGGCACCUCCAAGUCUGUACAUCGGUGCGGAUGAGGUGGGCGAGUCCCUCAGUGAGCCAUUUGAAGGCCUUCAGGACGAAGGAACCGCAAGGCUGAACUUCGUGGAUGCAGUAUUGGACCUGGUCGUCGGCGCAGGAUGCAAGAGCCUGUGCAGACGACUCUUGUGUCGGAGAACGCCACGCCAUCGCGCAUCCGCUGGUUCCUUUGGUGCCAUGGUUAUGGAUGCGGCUGCGCGGACGUCACGGACGCCUCGUUACACUCACACGACGCGUCUCUUACUCUGUAUGGCGUGCGGAUCCCGAAGCCGAAGGGUCCUAGUUACCUUCCUGUGCGUUCCGACUCCGUUCAAGCACUCACCACAAGCGACGUGGCAAACGCGUCCAUGAGCUUAGUCACCCGCUCGCGCACAUCGAGCUCAGGGGUUGCGUCGUGCUCAGAUCCACGACAGCGCCGACGAGGACGCCCGCCCCCGCGACGCUCGAGGAAGCUAUGUCGGCGCACUACAAUGGCUGGACAUACAUGCCCGGACAAGCUGGCGACGACACCUACAUUGGAGACGCGCCAGACCUACGUCCAAUGCAACGAAUUUUCGACAGAGGAUGGUACGUUACCAGCGCACGGACGCUCGUCGUUUUGCGGAUGGAUGCUCUCCUGGAUCUCCACAGUCCAUCCGCGCGGUGCGUACCCGUCCAUGCAGUCCUCCCAUACUCACCAAUUUUUGUCAACGGGCUCCACAGCGCGUUCGACCUUUCAGAACAUCGUCACGACCAGCGCGAGACACGAUCGGGCCGUAAGAGCCUGCUCGACCUCAGCUCGAACACGGGUCUGUAGGACAAUAUUGAUCAGAUGCAACGGAUAUGCGGCUCAUCGAUGACGAAAAGGGGUUUUGCAUUGCAUAAUACACUGGGAUUUUGGAAGGAGGGGUCUGAGGC